ACUUAUUAUUAGAGCACUUGUACAUUUUGCAUAUUUAAAUCGAAUGUGAAAUGCACUUGUACUAAUAGUGUUAUUAUUAUAAAUAUAGUUCGGCUUUCCAAUUGAUAAGUACAUUUUUACUCCUACUCGAAUUCGGAGCGGUUUAAUCGUCUUUUUCUACGUUUUUGAAUGUACGAACCGAACGAUUUCCAAACGACGCCACAUGGUUAUGAAAAAAAGAAAAAAAUCGUCGAUAGGGGCUCCUCUCGCCGGUCGUUAAGUGUCCAAGAGCCGUUUCCCGGUGCGACGGGGACGAUUAAAAAUCGAUUUGAUAUUGAUUUCGCGGCGCAGGCCAUUAACGGCGUAAAGCCGGAAAGCAUUUGCCUUAAGCGCCCGCAUACGUGUCGGAAGCGAGUGGACCGCGUGUUGUGUUCGCUAUAGUGAAAAACUACCGGGACGAUUGGACAGGGUUUUGCGAACGGCGUGAAACGUCCCUGGGGCACAGUAUUUGCGGAACGUCGACCACGUCCAGUACGGUCGAGAAGGGACAGAGGGAUGACGAGAACUCUGAGCGAGCUGUCGAUGCGCGACCGCAAGGAGCUGUUGGUGUGCUACGACGGCGGCCGGUUGCAGUACAUCUCGCAGCCACGGGCCGCGGCCAUGUUGAACGUGACGCGCGACACGUUGAAGAAGCUGCUACGCGGACGGCGGACGAUCGAGGAGCACCGGGAGACGACGGAGGAGGAGGAGGGGAGUGGGUCGCGCCGGGCGGCCGAACGGAACCGAAGGUUCAUGGCGUUGGAGACGGGCCUGUUGCGGUGGUUCCGGGACGCGCGGAGUCGCCGGCGGCCCGUGGACGAGGCCGCGGUGUUGGCCGAGGCCGGCGAGUUGGCCGCGCGGAUCGGCGUGGCCAACUUCACCGCGAACAGCUCGUGGGCGCUGCACUGGAAGUUCAAGUACAACCUGUUCGGUGCGGGCGCCCAUCGGACGACGAGCCGUUAUCGCGCGGACGACGUGUACAGCCUGGUGGACGCGGGCUUCUUCUACCUGUCGUCGGGGCCGGGCGGCGAGUGGCUGGCGCGCCGGAUCGGCGUGGUGCUCGCGUGCAACGUGACCGGCACGGACAGGCUGCGGCCGCUGGUGGUGGACAACGACGACCGGGACGACCCGCGGUACUCGCGCGACGUGAAACCGCUGCUGGACGCGGCCGCGGCCGGCGGCCGGUGGACGACCGGUGGACUGGGCUCGUUCGUCGAACGGCUGGACCGGGCGGUGCGGCCGCCGCGCCGCGUGCUGGUGGUGCUGGACAGGCGGCUGUCGCUGCCGCCGGGCGUCCGGUUACGCAACGUUGAGGUGGCGCGGUUCCCAGCGGACGGCGCGACGGUGCAUCCGCUCGGGGCGCACGUCGUGUGCAACGCGGCCGCGUACGAGUUUCACGCUAGGCGCUCGCUGCCGCCGGACGGCCACUUGACUGUGCUGGACUUUGCGCACCUGAUCUCGGAUGUGUGGCAAAACUUGCCCGCGCCGCUGUUGCGCAACUGUUUCCGCGCGCUCGGCUGGACGAGAACGGUCGCCGAACCGGUGGCCGAGAACGUGCACGCGGACUUCCAACGGUGGAUGGCGCGGUACCGCGGUUCUCCGGCGGCACCGAGCCACGGCGACGACCACGCUUCGAUGGAAAUAAUCGAAAUUUAAACGGCACGUGCAUACAGAUCAAUAACUCCAAACGAAAAAACAUAUCGCCACUGUUUUCAACAUUAAUAUUUUGUUUGUUUAUAAUUCGAUAUUAAUAUUGGGUCGCUAAAUAAUAUGGUUCGAUAUUUCUGUUUCUACUAAUAUUGUAUUUUUAUUGUAAAUCGUAUUCACAUAAAUAUUAAUAUGACGCAUCGGUUCAAUAAUUUAAUUAAAGUUUUGAUGAAUUUAAUCAACGAUCUACUGUUAAAUUAUUCACCUACGAAUUCAGUCGGUUUUUAUAAAAGCUCCGUUUCCCUAGAAAUCCGCUUUUCCC